AUGAUUUUAUAACCAUUUUUCAAAAGCACAACUAACAGUUAUUCAAAUGCAAAUUAUCCCAUUAACUAGGCAACUAAUAAACAUCAAAUGAAUAAACCUUUUAUACGCUAUUUCUGGAAGAUAUUGUAAUUUAAAACUAACUCAUAAACUCAAUAAAUCAUUAAUAUAUUAUUUAUGAAUUAUCCAUUGGAUAUUGUAAUCAGAUUAGCUUUAGGAUGGAUAAAAAUGCGCAAAGCAAGAUUUAGUUGGUCAAUUUUUUUAUAGGAUAACUAUUUUUAAUUGUUGAUGUAUUUCGAGCAAUUUGAUCCUAGAAAAAAAUAAAUAAUUAAAGUUCCUCUAGUAUUCGUUUUUGAUACGUUAAGUAAUUAAAUAAUCUAAAAUUAGUUGAUUUUAAAAGCAGGAGAAUUGAUAAUGGACGAUGGAUUUUUAUUCCAAAAUUCCAAUAAAUUCACUUAUCUUUCUGUAGUGACUAUCUUAAGUACUUAACCUGAUAAAGAAAUUUCAAAAAAAGUUUUUGGCAAAGAAAUAUUUUCAAUUUUAUUGUUAAGUUUAUAUUAAAUAAAAAUGGUAAAUAUCGUUGAAUACCCAAGAAUCUCAGAAAUAUUAGCAGAUACAAGUUCAAUCAUAACUUGGAUUCUUUCAAUAUCAUUUUUAGUAUCAAAAUAUAAUGAGAAUAUUUGUUUAUAAAAAACAUAAAAUGAAGUAAUUUCAAUGUAUUAUCAUGAUUAUAUUGAUUUUAAAAUAUAAAAGAAUUGGUUAGGUAAAAUCAAAAGAAUAAAUUAUAAAGAAAAAGAAUAUGAUCCAAAAAAUCAGAAUAAAUCCUUAAUAAAUUAGAUUAAAUUGUUGUUGAGAAAAUGA